ACGUGAUGUGAUGUCACAGCCGGCACGAUUUUGCCGCAAAUCAGGUAUUCCUAUUUUUCUAUGUUUGGAAUCCCGCGAAUCGAAAACACAAAUAAUGCAUACAUUAUGCGAAACGUGAAUCAAAUAACACCCGGCGGCGAGGUGUACGAUUGCAAAAUGGCGAACGGAAAAGCAAUUUGGGAACAAAACAAUCGGUAUAUCGGAGUAAGGACGUUCCGCAGAUGCUCAGUAGCCGCGAGACAUCCACGCAAUAAUCUCGGCAUAGUCGAGUACGUCGAUUCGAGUACGAUUUUACCUCUCUCCGCUCCGUCGACCCCUUCCGAGCCCGGGCCAAACCCACAAACCCCAACCCAGGACGAAGAUAUUUUGGCGCUUCGACGGCGCCUCCACCACCGAACCGGCCAGAUCGCGAGGAUGUGGUGGUGAUUCCACCCCCUACUCUGGUCGCGAUACAGCGACGC